GUGUCCUGACUUUGCAUUCUCAAUACAAACAAAUACUCUCUACCUAAAAAAAACAAUAAACAACAAAACACAUCUUUGGAUCGUCGGUGAGGUUGUAGGAGAAGGGGUUUGUGAAAUGGAGUCGAGUCAGGAUGUGGAGAAUCUGAGUAGAGCUAUCGAGAAGCUUCCUAAUGAGAAGAGGAAUAGAGCAGCUUCUGGUGACGCUUUCAUUGAAGACGACGAUGAUCAGCUUUUGCUCUCUAGGCUUAUCUCUCAGUUGCGGUUCUGGAUUCGUGUAGAAUUUCCCGGAAACUCAGCGAAUGAAUGUGGAUUUCAAAACGUGGCCAGAUUUGUAAGAAUCACACGCGUGCUGUUACGCGCCACCGCGAAUGUCGUCGGAAUUUUGAAAUUGAGACGACCAAUCGGAGCGAUCCACCAUCAAUUCAGCACUGCGUCGUCUUCUUCGUCGUCGUUCUCGGUUAAACCAAACGGAGGAAUCGGAGAAGGAGCGAAUCUGAUCUCCGGUCGUCAGCUUCGUCCGAUUCUUCUUCUCGAUUCGUCGGCGAUCAACGGCGGAGAGAAAAGAGAGAUUCUGAAACCGGUUAAAGCCGCCGCUGCUGAAGGUGGAGAUACCGCUGUUGCUGAAGGUGGCGAUCAACGGCGGAGAGAAAAGAGGUCUGUUUCUAGCUUACUCGGUGUUGAAUCGUUUGACUCGAUUGAAAACCCUAAUGUUGUUCCCGGUUCGAGACUCGAGUCGGCUUUGGACGAAACCGGAAUCGAACCGAGUGUUGAGUUGGUUCUAGCGUUGUUUGAUCGGUUAAGUUCAUCGCCGAUGUUGCUUCACUCGGUGUUCAAAUGGGCGGAGAUGAAACCUGGGUUUACGCUAUCUCCUUCACUGUUUAAUUAUGUUAUCAAUUCUCUGUGUAAAGCUCCGAAAUUUGAAAUUGCUUGGUCGUUGGUUUUUGAUCGAAUAAUGGUUCAAUACAAGAGACUAAUCAAAAAAGGGGAAAAGCUUAGACUUCCUGUAAAAGAAGGUGGCUCCGGUGCCAACGUCGUCGCCGUCUCCGGCGGUGGCUACUCAAAGACAACCAAACAGAAGAUUCUCUUUAUUAUCUUUCUCUCUUUACUCUCAUGCUGUUACAUCUUCAGCUUCUCCUCUUUCUCUCUUCUAGAUGCUUUUAGCAGAGAAAGUAAAGGAUUUGGUCCUUAUGAACUGUUCAUUGCACCUCUUUGUUUAGGAACCUCAAAUGGAACAAUUUGUUGUGACAGAACCGGUUUUAGAUCCGACGUUUGUAUCAUGAAAGGAGAUGUUAGGACAAACUCUGCUUCUUCAUCAGUCUUCCUCUUCACUUCCCUCAAUAACAAGACAAAGAUCACUAAAAAGAUCAAACCUUACACAAGAAAAUGGGAAACUAGUGUGAUGCAAACAGUUCAACAACUCAAUCUCGUUUACAGAGAUGAAAAGAACAAUUCUAAAGUCUCUGUUGAUGAACAUAAUAACAACAUCUGCGAUGUGUUCUAUAACGUUCCCGCUGUGUUUUUCUCAACUGGUGGAUAUACCGGAAAUGUUUACCACGAAUUCAACGACGGAAUCAUCCCUUUGUUCAUCACUUCACAUCACUUCAACAAGAAGGUUGUGUUUGUGAUUGCUGAGUAUCAUAGUUGGUGGGUUAUGAAAUAUGGAGAUAUCGUUUCUAAGCUAUCCGAUUAUCCUCCUGUCGACUUUAAUAGCGACAAGAGAACGCAUUGUUUCAAGGAAGCUAUUGUGGGAUUGAAGAUUCACGACGAUUUAACCGUUGAUUCAUCGUUGAUGUUUGGGAAUAAAACGAUUCUUGAUUUCAGAAAUGUGUUGGAUCAGGCUUAUUGGCCUCGUAUCCGUGGAUUGAUUCAAGAGGAAGAACUCGAGGCAGCCAACAAGACCGCUAAAAGGGUUCAAGAAGACAGUUUCAAGAAACCGAAAAUGGUGAUUCUGUCGAGAAAUGGAUCGAGGGAGAUACUAAAUGAGAGUCUUUUGGUGGAAUUAGCCGAGGAAAUUGGAUUCAUCGUCUAUGUUUUGAGACCGGAUAAAACAACAGAGCUGGCAAAAAUCUACAAAUGUUUGAAUUCUAGCGAUGUGAUGAUCGGUGUUCACGGAGCUGCAAUGACACAUUUCCUUUUCUUGAAACCGAAAACUGUCUUUAUACAGAUUAUACCAAUAGGAACCGAAUGGGCAGCUGAGACUUACUAUGGAAAACCAGCCAAGAAGAUGAGAUUGAAGUACAUUGGUUACAAGAUUAAACCGAAAGAGAGCUCUUUAUAUGAUGAAUAUGGCAAAGAUGAUCCCAUAAUCCGAGAUCCUAAGAGUUUUACUCAAAAAGGAUGGGACUACACUAAGAAGAUUUAUCUCGAGCGCCAGAACGUGAAGCUUGAUUUGAAAAGAUUCAGGAAACCGUUGUCUCGUGCUUAUGAUUUCUCAAUGAAGCGAAUUGGACCGCCAUGGAUCGGGAACGGCUCGGGGUGUUGUGGUGAAAAAGAUCUGCUUGCGCUUUUCUUCUUCGGUCUUGGCAUUUGUCAAGUUAUUCCAUGGUCUUCCCCUGUUGUUUUUUUCGGUUCUGGCCAUUGUUCCUCUGCCUUGGUGUUGUGUUUUGUAUCGAAUGUCCUGGAAAAUCUCUCGUGUGGUGAGACGGACUCGAUGCCUUUUGCCAUUGGCUCUUUGCUCAUCUUCCCUGGCUGGUUCUUCUGUCUCAUCAAGAUUUGCUUCGUUUGGAGUUCGUGGGUCGCUAUUUUGCCAUCAUAUGCGCAGAGAGAGGAGCUAUUCAUGGGUUUUGAUUCGGUUCCUCUCCACAAGACAAAUAAGGCAUUUGUGCGUCGAUCCCUUAGCUUCAAGUUCAGGCCUUUUCCUUUGAGAUUCUUGUGUUUUCUAGUUAAUUCAAUCUUUGGAGAGCCCAGAUUGAUUGAUUUUGUUGUUCAGAGAGAUAUGGGGAGAGGAAGGAUUGAGAUUAAGAAGAUUGAGAAUGUCAACAGUCGUCAAGUCACUUUCUCUAAACGACGAAACGGUUUGAUGAAGAAGGCUAAAGAGCUUUCGAUUCUCUGUGACGCCGAGGUUGCUCUUAUCAUCUUCUCCAGCACCGGCAAGAUUUACGAUUUCUCCAGCGGCUGUAUGGAGCAAAUUCUUUCCAGAUAUGGAUACACUACUGCGUCUACUGAGCAUAAACAAAGAGAAAAACAACUUCUAAUUUGUGCUUCACAUGAAAAUGAAGCUGUGUUGCGAAAUGAUGAUUCUAUGAAAGGGGAACUUGAAAGAUUACAGCUUGCAAUUGAGAGACUUAAGGGUAAGGCGCUUGACGGUAUGAGUUUCCCGGAUCUUAUUUCUCUUGAAAACCAGUUGAACGAGAGCUUGCAUAGUGUCAAGGAUCAAAAGACACAAAUCCUGCUCAACCAGAUUGAAAGAUCCAGGAUACAGGAGAAAAGAGCAUUGGAAGAAAACCAAAUCUUGCGCAAACAGGUGGAGAUGUUGGGGAGAGGUUCAGGACCAAAAGUGUUGAACGAAAGGCCUCAAGUUUCUAGCCCAGAAGCCGAUCCCGAGAGCUCUUCAUCAGACGAGGAUGAGAAUGACAACGAGGAGCACCAUUCCGAGACUUCCUUGCAGUUGGGGUUGUCGUCGACGGGGUAUUGCACAAAGAGAAAGAAGCCGAAGAUCGAACUGGUCUGCGAUAACUCUGGGAGUCAAGUGGCUUCUGAUUGAUGGAAUCGAUUAUUCUUCUAAUCCUGGUGUUUAGGGUCUUCUAUGUGUAUCUUCUUGUUGCGGGCUGUUCUUUUGCUUUAUUUCAUCUCAAGUAGAGUUUUCUUAAUGUUUAGGUGAACAUUUUUCCUCAAUCAAGAAGGAUUUGAUCAAUCAAUAACAUUAGAUUUUCUUA